AUGAAAUAUAUUUUAGUAACUGGUGGUGUUAUAAGUGGUAUUGGUAAAGGUAUUAUUGCAUCAAGUAUUGGUACAAUACUUCGUUCAUAUGGAUUUCGUGUAACAUCAAUUAAAAUUGAUCCAUAUAUUAAUAUUGAUGCAGGUACAUUUUCACCAUAUGAACAUGGAGAAGUAUUUGUACUUGAUGAUGGUGGUGAAGUUGAUUUGGAUUUGGGUAAUUAUGAACGAUUUCUUGAUAUUACAUUACAUCGUGAUAAUAAUAUAACAACUGGUAAAAUUUAUCAAUAUGUUAUUGAUAAAGAACGUCGUGGAGAUUAUCUUGGAAAAACUGUACAAGUUGUACCACAUAUAACAGAUGCUAUUCAAGAAUGGGUUGAACGUGUUGCACGUAUAUCUGUUGAUAAUGAUAAAACUGAACCGGAUAUUUGUAUUAUUGAACUUGGUGGUACUAUAGGUGAUAUUGAAAGUAUGUCAUUUGUAGAAGCUUUUCGACAAUUUCAAUUUCGUGUCAAACGAGAUAAUUUUUGUGUUGUUCAUGUCAGUCUUGUUCCACAACCAAAUGCAACACAAGAACAUAAAACAAAACCAACACAACAUAGUGUAAAAGAACUUCGUGGUUAUGGUUUAUCACCUGAUCUUAUUAUUUGUCGAUCAGCAACACCAAUGACAAUAUCAUCAAAAGAAAAAGUUGCUAUGUUUUGUCAAGUAGAAAAAGAACAUGUCAUUUGUAUACCCGAUGUAAAAACACUUUAUCGUGUUCCUAUAUUACUUGAAGAAAAUGGUAUGUUCAAUUUUUUAUCCAUACGUCUUAAUUUAACACUUAAAUUUAAUUAUGAUCAAUCAUUAAUGAUUAAAUGGCGAGAUUUAAUUGAAAGAAGUGAACGACAAUUGGACGAAGUAGUUAUUGCCCUUGUUGGAAAAUAUACAGCUUUAGAAGAUGCUUAUGCAUCUGUACUAAAAGCACUUAAACAUGCUGCACUUUUUUGUAAUCGAAAAUUAAAUAUACGAUUUGUUCAUGCAUCAGAUUUAGAAGCAAAUACAAAAAAAGAAGAUCCAAUGAAAUAUCAUGAAGCAUGGCAACAACUUUGUAGUGCAGAUGGUGUCCUUGUACCAGGUGGGUUUGGUUCUCGUGGUGUUGAAGGUAAAAUAGCUGCUAUUGAAUGGGCACGAACAAAAUCUAAACCAUUUCUUGGUAUUUGUCUUGGUUUACAAUGUGCUGUUAUUGAAUUUGCAAGACAUGUUUUACAAUAUAAACGUGCUAAUUCAGCAGAAUUCGAUAAAGUUGAACAUCAAGUCGUUAUUGAAAUGCCUGAACAUAAUCCAGGAACUAUGGGAGGUACAAUGAGAUUAGGACGUCGAACAACUUAUUUUGUAACAGAUGAUAGUGUUCUUAAAAAACUCUAUGGAAAUGUUGAUUCAAUUGAUGAACGUCAUCGUCAUCGAUAUGAAGUUAAUCCACAAUAUAUUGAACAAUAUGAACAAGCUGGAAUGAAAUUUGUUGGACGAAGUGAUGAUAAUCAACGAAUGGAAAUCGUUGAACUUGAUAAUCAUCCAUAUUUUGUUGCUGUUCAAUAUCAUCCUGAAUAUAUAUCACGUCCAUUAAAACCUUCAGCUCCAUAUUUAGGACUUAUUUGGGCUGCUUGUGGUGAAUUAAAAAAUGUCUUAACACAUUUUACUAAACAACAAAUAACACCUGAUAUUGUAACAAAAUCUCCUGGACCAUUUUCUCAUGUCAGUUUAUUUCGUCAUGCAUAA